GGAAAUAGGGAAGGCUUCGGGGAUGCAGCAGGAAUGGAGCGUUGCAGCCGAACCCUGGGAAGGUUUGCUUUCAAGCAGAGGCAACCCAAGACAAAGGGGAAGGAGACGGAAGAGGAGAACCCAGAAGGCCCUAAAACUGGCAAGAGAUUGAGGAAAGGUCCCCUUCCCAUCCAAAGAGGGAGUGAUGUUGAAUUUGAGGAAAGAGCUGUGUCAGAGAUCUUGGUUCAGGACACGAUGACUACAGAUAUAUACAGCCAAUGCUUCCGGCAGUUCUAUUACCAUGAGGGUGAUGGGCCCCGAAAGUUUUGCAACCAGCUCCAUGGACUGUGCAACCACUGGUUGAAGCCAGAGAGGAACACCAAGAAGCAGAUGCUGGACCUGGUGGUCCUGGAGCAGUUCCUGGCUGCCUUGCCCCAGGAAAUGCAAUGCUGGGUCAGAGGCUGCGAGCCAGAGACCAGUUCCCAGGCGGUGGCCUUGGCUGAAGGUUUCCUUCUGAGUCAAGCAGAGGAGAAGAGGCAGGCAGAGCAGAUGUGGGGACGAUCUCUGAAGAUGGAAAAAAAAUCCUUUGAGGGAGAAGGAGCUCCAUCAGAGGAAAGAAAGAGGGCACAGGUCCAGGAGCAUACCCAAGAUGCCCUCUCAAGUGGUAGUGAAGAGACAUUGUCAUGCCUUCAUCUUUGCAGAGCAGUGGAAAUGACUGCUCCACAUCUGGUCCAGUCAUCAUUUUCCUUUGAGGAGGUGGCUGUGUAUUUCACUGAGACUGAGUGGGCCCUGCUGGAUCCAGGCCAGAAAGCUCUCUACAGGGAUGUCAUGCUGGAGAAUUCUGAGACUGUUACCUCUCUGGCAGCAGACUUAGAGGAGACAGCUGGGGAAUUCCAGGGGUUCUCUUUGGAAAAAACCAAGAAUGAAGAUGCCGAAGGAUACUGCGGAGAUGGACUACAGAAGCAGGAGGGAAGCUACGCAGCAAGUGACGAUCAGAUGAAUGAGAAGGAUGCGGAACUGCAUCCUCAAUUGCCAGAGGAAGUGAAGAAUGAAGACUUGAGAGGAAACUUCAGCAAUCAACUUGGGCCUAAGAGGGAGAAAGAAAGCCAGAUGGAUAGGAAGAGGGGUAAACCCAUUCCUUGCCAAGGGGAGGAUUUCCAAGAAGUAAUUCCCAUGGUGAAGGAAACAUACAAGUGCUUGGUGUGUGGAAAUAACUUCUCAAAUCAAUCCUGGUAUAGGGUCCAUUUACAAAUUCAUAGUGGAAAGAAGACCCAGCAAUGGCUGCAGUCUAGAAAGACCAUGAUUCACAGAGCAGAGCUUCUUACAUAUGAAAGAACACAUCUAGGAGAGAAUGGCAAGAGAUUCUCAGAGAAAUCAGGUCUUGUUCAACACCAAAGGAUUUUCUCUAGAGAGAAGCUAUUUAUUAGCUCAGAGACUGGAAUGACAUUUUCUGAAGGAGGAAAAAGUAACUUGCAUUUUCCAAAGCACAGUAUAGUGAAUGCAUGGAAAUGCUCUAGGUGCAGAAAGUACUUCAGAUACAGAUCACAGCUUCUUAUGCACCAAAGAAUCCACACAGGGGAGAAGCCAUUUGAUUGCUCCGAGUGUGGGAAGAGAUUCCGUUGCAGUGGCCAUCUUAAAAAUCAUCUGAGAACUCACACAGGGGAGAAGCCUUUUGAAUGCUUAGAGUGUGGGGAGCGAUUCGGUCGGAGUGGCAUUCUUCAACUGCAUUUAAGAACCCACACAGGAGAAAAGCCUUUUGAAUGUUCAGUGUGUUGGAAGAGGUUUAGUUGGAAUGAUGGUCUUCAGAAUCAUCUAAGAACCCACACAGGGGAGAAGCCUUCUGAAUGUUCAGUGUGUGGGAAGAGAUUCAGUAGUAAUGGUAAUCUUCAAAAACACCUAAGAAUCCACACAGGAGUGAAGCCUUUUGAAUGCCUAGAGUGUGGGAAGAGAUUCAGUCACAAUGGCGAUCUUAAAAAACAUCUAAGAACCCACACAGGGGAGAAGCCUUUUGAAUGCUUAGAGUGUGGGAAGAGAUUUAGUGAGAAUGGCACUCUUAAACAGCAUGUAAGGAUGCACACAGGGGAGAAGCCUUUUGAAUGCUCUGAGUGUGGGAAGAAAUUCAGUUGCAAUGGUGAUCUUCAAAAACAUCUAAGAACUCACACAGGGGACAAGCCUUUUGAAUGCUCUGAGUGUGGGAAGGGGUUCAGUCAGAGUGGUGCUCUUCGAGAUCAUCUAAGAACCCACACAGGAGAGAAGCCUUUUGAAUGCUCCCAGUGUGGGAAGAGAUUCUGUCAGAGUGGCGCUCUUCAAAAACAUCUAAGAACCCACAUAGGAGAGAAGCCUUUUGCAUGCUCCAAGUGUAGGAAUAGAUUUAGUCACAGUGGCACUCUUGAGAAUCAUCUGAGAACCCACACAGGGGAGAAGCCUUUUGAAUGCUCCAACCUUGGGAAGAGAUUCUAUCAGAGUGACACUCUUCAAAAACAUCUAAGAACCCUGUCAUGCCCUGGGCCUAGGCCAUGAGGCCUAGAGGACCUGGGGAAGUCUACCUCGAAGUUACUAGGCUGAUAUUUACCAGGAUCCCUUCUGUCCCUCUCAUUGCAUUGGCAGAAGUUUUGGAGGGAAAACUUGCCCAGUGUAACACAAAAGUAUGAGUUCUGGGAGGAAAGAAUAAAAGGUCUGGCUGGAGAAGAAGGAGAGUUCUCUUUGGAAAGGCUGAGCUGGAGAGAGGGGUGAGUUAUUUGGAAUCAGAAGGAGGGAAUAUAUAGUUAGUAGUUGCAUCAGGAAUUUUAUCUUUAUUUGUACCAUCGUUACUGUUUUUUCUUCUUUUUUACUACUGCACCGAAAAUGUUAAAAUCCACUUGUUUGUUCUUCAGCACUAAAAUAAAUUUAUCAUUGUUAUACUG